CCUAGAUGAUCUCAAAUCAGAGCUUGAAACUUUAACCGGGAUUCCGGAAGCUUCGCAAAUUUUGAUGACGCAAGAAGGAUUAGAACUUAAAGCUGAAAUAUUGAACGAGGCGAUUCGAGUUUCUGGCAGGGACGAAUAUGUAAUAUUUCAAUUUAAUAGAGACUCUCUUGAUCCGAGUAAUUCGGGCGAUAUUAAUAGCGCAAGUUCCCUCAUUGAAAAUAUUACGUUAGAACCUCAAGUGAUUGUGCCAUCGCCCAAACAAAAUACUAGAGUUCGUCUCAGUAUUUCUGAUGAACUUGGUGCCUAUGCUAAUAUGUUUCAAAUGCAUCACUCGCAAGGGCAGUCUUUCCUGAAGACGGCCAUCACUCACUCCGAGAUAUGCGAACGGUUAUAUGAGGAACAAAAGGCGCAACUAGAAGCAUUGGAUGUCGCUUUGUUGAAUCUUAAGAAACAUUGUUGCUCUGUUGUCGAUCAUCAUAAUUCAUUUCACAAAUUUGCGGAAAAAGAAGUCACCAAGUAUGAAAUUUUCAUUCAAAGUUUCCCAGCAAAUAUGGAAAUUCUUAAGCGUAUUACUAUAGAUCCUAAAAUACAAUCCGAUAACGAUAAUAGCGUCAUAAAAAACAAGGAGUCAUGUGUACUGGCAGAUUUUAUAUUAGAGGAUAAGCUUAUGGCAUUGGCUAGUAAGGGAAUCGAGGCGAUCGGGCGACUCUCUAGGGAGGUUAACGAACUGAAUAUUGAAGUUCAAUCGGUCCAGCAAGGUACAGAUGCACUGAGGAAAAAGACUUUCAAUAGCGAACUUACAAAUAUGGAAACGAUAUUGGAACGUAAUAAAGCGUGUUGCGACGUAAUCAGGCAGCACGCGAGGAAUUUGGAAAAAGGUUUGACUCGCGUGCAAGGACAGGUGGCUAAAUUGGUGCAGUCAAAAGGAAAUGUAGAUUUUGAAAAACCUAUCGAAGCGAUGGAAAAUCUGGCCAAUUAUCAACUGAAGGAGUACUUUCCUGAGAUAAAAAAACUGGAUGAUUACAUACGUGAACAAGCGAUUUAUUUCGUGAAAUCCAAGAACGCUACAACGUCGACGUUAAUAUCCAAUCUUCAACAAAUAUCGCGUCUCGAGUCCAUUAUCGCAUCUAUUCCUGGCAAAUUGAGCCGUCUCGACGAGGAAGUUCAAGCCAUGGCACAAGAUUAUAAGCUUUUGGCUCAUCUUUUGCUUGCUAAGUCACAGCAAUUAGCGGAAGUCAUGGCUCACUUUCGAGAUUUGGAACAAAAACGGCGUGAUAAAUAUCGUUUGAACGUCAAAAAAUACAUUCCGGUAAAAAUUCCAGAUAACAGUCCUCCCAUGUGUGAGAUAUCCGCUGUGAAUAUGAAUGAUGACCAACUACCAUCUUUUUCUAAAGAAGAUAUACAAUGUAGCGUUGUGUUUUAUAAUGACCUCUCUUUAUUGGAAUUUAAUGAAACCGUUAUGUCGCAUGCUUCCCUUGUUCGACCCACCUUUUCAUUAUCGACGUCAAAAGUUCGAAUACAACAGUCGUCGAACAUUGAUCCAUUGUCAACUUUGCAAUCAAAUUUAGUAAAAUUAUUUGGCCAGAUUGAAGGAAUGAACAUGGAAUUCGAAAAUAUUGUAGAGAAGAGUUCACUCUUCGAAAAACCUGCGACGGAUAAUGCUAACAUAAUGUCUCGCCUUCGUUUUAUCAAUGACGGCCGUUUAUUAUCUUCAAAGAGCGUGUUUCCAUCGCCUAAAGGGUCAAGACGCUCAAGGCAAAGCUUCUCUGAGGACAGCGUUGCAACAAUUGGCACCGAUCUUCUUGUUGAAAAGAUGAAACAAUUGGACGUGGCUGAGGAGAAAGUAAAGGCAUACGAGGCUCGGAUCAAAAACCUUGAAAAUUUGUUGCAGACUAAUUUUAAGGCUUCAAAGGGCUCGGUUGUUGCCACCACCUCAAAACCCGGAAUUUCGAACCCAGAAUCAUUGACAAUGGAGAAAGAAUCUUUGGAACCGUUACGCCAUAACAGUUCCGCCGAACCCCGCGAAAAAAAAUUCGAAAAAUUGCCAGAUUCGAAAACAGACUUUCAAAAUUUAUCAAACAAAUAUAAUGAAGCUAUUCGGGAGCUGGAGAUUUUAAAGAACCGUAAUAGUGAACUGGAUUUUCAAUAUAAAGUAUUAGCAAAUUCACAUGAGAAAGUAUUAAGAGAAAACGAAAUCCUGGAGAAGAAAGUUUUGGAUUUAGAGAAAAAUCACCAGUCUGUGCAAUCAUCUUAUUCCGAGGUUGUUGAUAAAAACGCGUCGUUGGAAUCAAGACUAAAGGAGUUGGAGACAUUAUAUUCACAUUCCUCUAAUGAACUGUCCGACAUGGGUAGAAGGCACAAUGAACUUCAAAUAGAACAUGAUUCAUUAUCCGCGCAAUGCGGCGAACUAGAGGUGAUAGUCACGAAACUCCAAAAUCUUAACAAAGAGCUCGAACUCAGCAACACUUCGGCAAGCACUCUUGAGAAUAGGCAGACAGAGGAACUCAAAUCUUUCAAGCAAAGAUUGCAAGAUGCAGAAUUAGAAUGCGAGAAAAAAGUUUUGGAACUGAAUUCAUUAAGGAGUGAGCAUGAUAACAACAAAAAAUUGGUUGAAGACUAUGCAUUAAGGAUUGAGCAAGCUAUGCAAGAGAAAGACAAAAUCAUCAAGGAAUACGAUGAUAAAAAAAAAAUGAUGCACCAAGAAGUUGAAGGAUGGAAGGAAACAUUGGAUAAAAUGAAUACAGCACGUGAAGAAUUACAAAUCGCGCUUGAUAAGUCACGCGAUAGGGUCAAGCAUGUAGAGUUGGAAAAUUUGGAAACGAUGAAAGCCCUGGAAAAAACGGAAGAUAUAGUCAAAAAUGCAACUGAAAUUACAUUGGAAUGCAUGCCAAUAGUAAUGAAGUAUAUUUCAUUGGAUUCUGAGAAGGAGGAAUUGAAUACUGAAUUAAGCCUCAUAAAAAUGGUUCGAAGGAUCAACGAUGUUACGAAAUAUUUGGAUGCGGAAUUAAUUAAAACGAGAGAGUCAUUAGAGAAUUCCACGUCCGAGGGUUCAAGUUUGAGAUCAGUUCUUGCAGGGUUGCGUCAAGAAUUACAAGAACGAACGGAAUUUUCCCGUUCUCUCAGUAGGGAACUGUGGAAUUAUUAUCAUAACAUUCGAACAAUGAUGGGGGAUCGUGAGUUUGCCAUACCGGUGAAAUCCGAAAGUCGACCCAUAAUUAAGCCUUCGACGGUAGGUGAGGAUAAGGAUGGUCAAAUUAAAUCGCCGGAACAAAGUUUAUCGGAUAGUUAUCAUGCCGAGGACCUGGGCAAAUUCUUUGCGAGUGAUUACGUGGAUGAUCUGGGUUGGCCGAGAGAUCGGUAUGAAACCUUGAUUAUUUUAACUUCAAAGGUAAAUUUGGAAGAGGUUCGGUCUAUGAUAAGGAAGACGUCUGCUGAUGCCGAGGCCUUGUACAAGAA